CCAGUAUAACUGAUCAUUUACGCGACAUUUUCACGCGCUUGCGUAUUAAUAUGAAACUUGAGUCGGUGCGACUCAACUUCAGGUCGCAGUUUUAUGUCGCUAUCGACUGGAAGCGACAGUCUUGCGCCGCCUCUGUGUUAAGAACCGUUUCCUUCCCCGCUUGGAUUCACAGCAGCAGUGUUUUAUUUGUCGUAUUAUAUCUCUAAAUUAUAAGAACGUAGUUCGUGGAGCUUCCGACGGAUUUUCCUCAACCAAAACCGCUGUCGCCCUGCCAAAUGAGGAACCACAGAAUCUGGAUGUGUUGCUAUGGCUCUCCGAGUUGACAAGACCUUAUCAGACACCUCCUCGCAAAUGGAGAACAAGAGCUGUGGGAGGUGGAAGACCAGGAUCCCAGAGUUUAUUCGCAGCGGUCAAACUAAACCCCUCAGUCACAGGGCAGUUGAUAAGACAAGGCCUGAAAAUGUCCAGGAGGCCAAGGACUCAGACAAAGAGAGGAGUGGCUGCAAAAAGACGGUCACUAUGGCACCUGUUUCCAGGUACAUGACGGACAAAAGCCUCUAUAUCAUGAGAAAACCACUGAUCUCCACGCAAUGGCAGGCACCUAUCUUGAAGAACUCAUCUACACAUGAAGACUCGGACAGGAUCAGUUACAAAGUCAAUUCCCCUAAGGAAAAGGACAAAAGUCUGUCUAAACAGUCGUUCAGAAGUAUCCCAGAAGAUUCUCGAUAUUAUAGAUCCUCCCCACCAUUAUCUACAGAAGAUCUGGAUACCUCCAUGAACGUAUCAGACCUCAGACUGUGGUCAUGUGACGAGGAUCCUAUUUUUAACUCUUCAGCUGCCAAACGCAGUCUGUCCAGUCCCCCUUUAGCUUCUUUGAGCCUCACAGCACCCUCAGUGCCUAAGUGGACAUCCACGCCUAGAAGCACUUCUUACUCGUCCAAUCAUACGUCUCAUUUCACAAGACAGGUAAAAACGAGAACAGGUGAGAUGAUGGACAGAGGAAGAGAUUCUCUUCUUAACACAGGAUCUUACAGUAAGAACCAUCAACAUGGGUUCAAACACAUGUCGCCUUAUCAGGCCAACUAUUGGGCCUGUGCCAUCCCAAACUCUCUGCCACCAUCUUCAAACCGCAAAUCCCCCAGUUGGGAUCCAGAAAAGGAGUAUGAGGAGCUCCUGGACUACACGUACCCUCUGAGACCCAACAUGGCUGGUACACAGGGUUCUUCAGAGGUGGAUCUUCUCUUGCGAACCGAUCCGUUGUUGCAAGACUCAGGCAUUGAGUUAGACCGCUCUUCCACUCUGUCCUGUUUAGACCUGUCCUAUACAGGGACUCGACAGGGACAGUGUAGCCCAGGAACAGCUCAAAGGUCAACUGAGUUUUGUGCUCUUAACAAAUCACAUUCUAAAUCCUUAGAUGGCAUCAUGUCGAGUAGCCUGUACUCUUCACUAGACCAAGCUGGCUUGUCAGUUGAGAGUCUGGACUACGACAGGAAGCCAAGAGGCCAUUAUUGUAAAUUUGGCAUCUUCUCGACAUACCCUACUUUUAUUAGCUCAACACACAUCCUUCCACACCCUGAUUCGCAGGACGAGUUAGACGAAGAGUUUCUUCGCCUUCCAGAUCGGCUACAGGAACUUCAGGUGCUUUCACAGCAGCUGAGGGACAUUACUGACCAAAUGAGCCAAACAGUCAUCACCAGCCGGGAAUCCCCAGAGAGCGAGAUCACCUCAGUCAGAUCACCAACGGCUCAAAUGGGGAAGCAAGAAUCAAUGAUGGAGGAAAUGGGCGAUGAAGAUGCUGAAGCGGAAGGGGAAUCUGUUUCUGAAGUUCCUCUAACACAUGAGAAUGCGAAGGGGCCUAGUUCCAGAAUCCAAAUGAUUAGCCAAAAUAUGAACAGGAGGAACCUGAGAGAGGUGAAAGCUGUUAUGGAUCAGCUGAGCGGACUGUCAAUGUCAGAGCUUCAGAGGACAAUACAAACAGACCAGAAUGAAAAUGAGACCAAGGAGUCUCUAAUGCAGCACAUACAGGCAUUUUGCGCUAACCUAGAAAAGCUGAUUCAGUGGCUGCACAAGGUGGUAGAGAAAGUAGAAGUUCUUUCACCUCCCAUGGUUGACUUGGAGAGCGUCAAAGCCUCAUUGGCUGAUUACAAGAGUUUUCAGGAAGAAGUUCAGUCUCAUAAGCCCCUCACAGAAGACGUUCUGCAGACCGGAGAGAUGCUUUUGCAUUGCAUGAAUUCAGCCUCUCCUUUUCUGAAAGACACACUGGAGCUGAUAGAGAGGCAGUCUCACACACUGGAAACUCAUUCCGAGUAUCUUUUCUCCUCUAUUCUGUCAGCCAUGGACUGCCUCACUGACCCCAGUUCUGAGGAAGCAUCAGAAGCAGUUUCCUGAGAAUUAUUAUGAAUCUGGGAAGGCGAAUGUCUGGUCUGCUCACUGUCUUCACUGAGACGUCCUAUUUGGCGAUUUUACAUCAAGGAUGAAAAACACUUCUUGCUUGACUCAUGUCACCAGUAACUUUGUUUUACACAUUUAACACGUUUACUGUAUCCAGCGUGGUAUUAUAUGCGGUUGUCACAAGCUUGAGCUAUCUGUCACAACUGACAGUAUGUGAUGAACCUUUCACUUUGUAUUUUUAGACACCAGCUUGUCAUAUUUUUUUAACUCAAAAAUGUCCUGUGGUGGCUUAACUUUGUAAUACUGUUUGACUGAAGAGGUGCACAGACAUGGUGCCAAUCGUGAUUGUGAUCUCAGGUUAUUACCCUAUUAAGUUUUAAUGGAGAGCAGUCCUGACUCCAUUAGCAUCCCUGCAGCUUCAGUUUCCCUUCUGAGUAAACUGUGCCUCAAGAUAUUUAGCAGUUUUUGACUGAUAAUUAGUGUGAUUAAUGGUAUCAUUAAUAUAUGAACAUACUGAAUAUAUGAAUAGUCUGUUGGGUGAACAUUCAUUCUUUUAAAAUGAAAAAAAUAUUGUUUUAAAACAACAGUUCACCCAAAAAUGUAAAUAGUCAUCAUUUACUAAUCCUCAUGUUAUUCCAAAACAUUGUUUCAUGUUAAAAAAAAAAAGAUAUUUUGAGAAAUGUCUGUCUGUUUUUUUUGUCCACACAAUGAAAUGUGGGUCAGUAAAUGAUGACAGAAAUUUACUUUUUUGGGUGAACUAUCUUUUUAAAGAGAGAAAAAAAUUGUCAGUGUGUUAAUAUCAAGCAAACAAAAUGCAAUAACAAUAAUGAUAAUUGUGGACCAUAACGCAUGUUAAAUUAAUAUGACGGCAAACUAAAAACCUCAACGUUUUGGAUAACUUCAGCUGCAGAGAUCAUAGACUGAUGUGCAAUUGUUUGUAUAUUGACAAAAAAAGCAUUUUUAACAAUAAACACUCUUCUUUUUGACAGUUUUCUUGUAUUUUUGGUUAAUAGGUUACAAAAUAAAUUUCUUUGUAAGUUUUGACAUGGAUACUUCUUUAAAUGCAAAAUUACUAAAUUCCAUUCAUGCACAAUGUACUCAAGUAUUAUCAUUCAUGCAAUUACAAGAUUUUAAUAUACAGUAAAGAGAUCCUUAAAAGAGAUCCUUAAUUAACUCAGGCCUUUAGAAAAUCAAGAAAAUCAAGAAAAUUACAUUAGAUUUUAAGUAAAUGAAAUAUUAACUAAAGCUAAAACUAAAUUUAUUUUUGUAAAAUUGACUCAAAAUCUAAAAACAUUGCCACACCAGCAAAC